CGGACGCUCGCGCGAACGAUAUGGAUUUUAUCUCGCAGCCGCUGAAAGUGGGUCACGACGGCGACGGACCGCGGUGUGCUUGUGCGCACGCUUCGAUUAUCGAUUGAACCGCUUUACGGGUUCUCUCUCUCUUUCUGUUCGCACAAGCGAGUCUGUCGUCGUUGGUCGCGUAACCGCUUCGAACCGUUAUUUACGCGAGCGUGUCCGCCGCGACGGCUCGCCUUUUCCACGGGAGAGGCUCAUAAAUCGCGCGCGCGUCCCGUUCUCGCGUAAACUCGCACUUCGUGUCGUUCGCUGCCGUCGCGCGCGCGACGCGAGAGAGCGAGACCGAUGCGAGAUCGGUAAAAUCGCGCAAUUCACAUUAUUGUCGUUUCGCCGCCGCUGCUACCGCCGCGGUACGAAGAUGCGGUGAAGUGAGCCGCGGAACAGCCAGGGAACCAGCCGUCAGCCAGUGCGCGCGCGAGCGAGCGAGCGGUCCGUUUUGCAGAAGGAAAUCGGCCAUCUUGCUUUAGUGCGUGCUUAGACUCCGCAACGGGCGGGCUCGCCUCCGUCGGCCACCCUUUUAGCGGUCGUGCAUGUGCGGGCGGUGGCAGAGCAUUGGCAAGGUAGCAGCAGCAAUCCGCUGGUGAAUCACGAACCACAGCGGAACCACGUACACACGCAUCAGUCGUAAGAGAAAGAGCGCAAAAGAAGUAGAGAGAGAGAGAGACACACACAGAGUGCGCAAACGAGCGAGAUCGUGUGUCGAUUUCCGAGCGGCGUAAUCGCGGCAAUCCGGCGGGAUGGCGGGCAACUCGGGUAUGGAACAGUUAAUCCCAAUCGUGAACAAGCUGCAGGAUGCGUUCACGCAGCUCGGUGUGCAUAUGCAGCUGGAUCUGCCGCAGAUCGCGGUGGUGGGCGGCCAGAGUGCGGGCAAAAGCUCCGUCCUCGAGAACUUCGUCGGCAAAGACUUCUUACCCAGAGGUUCAGGCAUCGUAACAAGAAGACCUCUUAUCUUACAGCUGAUUAACAGCACAACUGAAUAUGCGGAGUUUCUGCAUUGCAAAGGGAAAAAAUUUAUUGAUUUCGAUGAGGUGCGGAAAGAGAUUGAGGCAGAAACAGACAGAGUGACUGGAAGUAAUAAAGGCAUCUCUAACAUACCGAUCAAUCUUAGAGUAUAUUCACCCAAUGUCCUGAAUUUGACACUGAUUGAUUUACCUGGACUCACGAAAGUACCAAUCGGAGAUCAACCACCAGACAUAGAAGCCCAAAUUAAAACCAUGAUUUUUCAGUUUAUAAAACGUGAGAAUUGUCUUAUAUUAGCUGUCACACCAGCCAAUACAGAUUUGGCUAACAGCGAUGCUCUUAAACUCGCUAAGGAAGUGGACGUGCAAGGUGUACGUACAAUUGGUGUCAUUACUAAAUUGGAUCUCAUGGACGAUGGCACCGACGCGAGAGAUAUCUUAGAAAAUAAAUUAUUGCCAUUGAGAAGAGGUUACAUCGGUGUUGUCAAUAGAAGUCAGAAAGAUAUAGAAGGCCGAAAGGAUAUAAAAAAUGCUCUAGCAGCAGAACGGAAGUUCUUCCUCAGCCAUCCGUCUUAUCGUCACCUAGCAGACAGGUUGGGCACACCGUAUUUGCAGAGAAUUCUCAAUCAACAGUUAACAAAUCAUAUCAGGGAUACCUUGCCGGCUUUAAGAGAUAAGUUACAAAAGCAACAAUUAGCUUUAGAAAAGGAUGUCGAACAGUACAAACAUUUCAGACCUGAUGACCCCGCAAUCAAAACAAAGGCCAUGUUACAAUCAAUUCAAAUGUAUAUGAUGAUACAACAGCUUCAGUCAGACUUCGAAAGAACUAUAGAAGGCUCAGGUUCCGCACAAAUCAACACUAAUGAACUCAGUGGCGGCGCUAAAAUCAACAGACUCUUCCACGAGCGUUUCCCAUUCGAAAUUGUGAAAAUGGAAUUUGAUGAGAAGGAACUCAGGAGAGAAAUCGCAUUCGCCAUCAGAAACAUACAUGGUAUCAGGGUAGGAUUAUUCACUCCAGACAUGGCUUUUGAGGCAAUAGUCAAGAAACAAAUAAAUAGACUUAAAGAACCAAGUCUCAAGUGUGUAGACCUAGUCGUGCUAGAACUUAGUAAUGUUGUACGCAUUUGUACAGAUAGGAUGUCGCGUUAUCCUAGACUAAGGGAAGAGACAGAACGUAUUAUAACUACACACAUCAGGCAGCGUGACCAGAUGUGCAAGGAGCAGCUGGUCCUGUUGGUCGAUUGCGAGCUCGCGUACAUGAACACGAAUCACGAAGAUUUUAUCGGUUUUGCGAACGCUGCAGCCAGUAGCCAUAAUGCAAGUGCACAACAAUCCUCGGAAAACGCCGUUAAAGCUGGUCGACACACAUUAGGCAAUCAAGUCAUUCGCAAGGGUUAUAUGUGCAUACAUAAUCUCGGAAUCAUGAAGGGCGGAUCGAGAGAUUAUUGGUUCGUCUUAACGUCGGAGAGUAUCUCUUGGUUUAAGGAUGAAGAAGAACGCGAAAAGAAGUACAUGCUGCCUUUGGACGGAUUGAAGUUGCGUGACCUAGAGCAAAGUUUCAUGUCGCGGCGUCAUUUGUUUGCGUUAUUCAAUCCGGAGGGAAGAAACGUCUAUAAGGAUUACAAACAACUGGAGCUCAGUUGUGAAACUCAAGAUGAUGUUGAUUCUUGGAAGGCUUCGUUCCUGAGGGCCGGUGUGUAUCCUGAAAAAUCAACAGAACAAGCGAACGGCGAAGAGGAUAAGCAGAGGGGUGGAACAGAGGGUCAGUCGUCAAUGGAUCCUCAGCUGGAACGUCAAGUGGAAACCAUCAGGAACUUAGUGGAUUCAUAUAUGAAGAUUGUUACGAAAACUACUCGUGACUUGGUCCCAAAGACAAUCAUGCACCUUAUUAUUAACAACGCUAAGGACUUUAUUAAUGGAGAAUUGUUGGCGCAUCUUUACGCAAGCGGUGAUCAGGCUUCCAUGAUGGAAGAGUCUCCUGAAGAAGCACAGAAACGAGAAGAAAUGUUGCGCAUGUAUCACGCGUGCAAGGAAGCCCUUCGUAUUAUCGGCGACGUCUCCAUGGCUACGGUUUCAACUCCGGUACCACCGCCCGUAAAGAACGACUGGCUAGCAUCCGGCGAGAAUCCAAGUCUUGGAUUAUCGCCACCAUCUCCUGGUGGUCCAAGACGCGGAGUGACACAGCCACCACCUCUUUCUAGCUCACGAGCACCACCACCAGUACCUGCAGGUGGCCGGCCAGCGCCAGCCAUCCCUAAUAGACCCGGUCCUGGUGGACCACAGCCAACGCGAGCUAAUCCAGGCCUACCUCCACCUAUGAUACCAUCUCGAGGGGGUGGUCUGCAACAGAGGGUGACACAAGCUGCGACGCAGGCUGCGACGCAAGCCGCCGUGAACGAGCUGAUGGAUGCGUUCAAGAUCAAGCGUCCUGUACCCAAUAUUCCUCCCCGAAUUCCCGACAGACCGUACUCCGGCCGACUAAACUGAGCUAGUCCGAGCGCGCGGCGCAACAACAACGACAACAACCCGUGCGGAAGACGCACCAGAGGUGUGUACAUCCGACGACGACGACACCUCAGGGAGAGAUCUCGUGACCGAUAACGGGCCACGAUAGAAAGUGGAAGCUCAGCAGGGCGAAAGCCCAGCAGGAAAGAAAGAUAGAGAGGGGAAAAUCGUCCCUGGCGUUGAAGACGAGUAGUUCUGUUCUUCGAAAUGAACGUUUCGUCCGACCGACCGACGUGUCACUAUCUUCUGAUCUCAACGGCGUCGACGUCGCGACUCGUUGACGAGCUCGCCGGCGGAGACGAACGCACACGAGGAGAGGAAGAAGGAGGACCGUAGCAGCGGAGAGCGGGCGAGGCAAGAAGGCUGUGCUAUACGCGAAUAGCGGAGGAAAGGAGAGAAGGAGGGACCAAGAGAAACGAGUGCGCGACGAAGGGAAAAGAGAAAACGGCGCCCGGAACCACAUGUGGUGACGGGGCUGCCGAGGGAUCCCAUCAGUCACCUUCUCAACUGCUUCUUUUUCUUACAUAAUGUAGACUUCGUCUUCUAUCUUAUUUAUGCGGCUAGAUGCGUUAGAUUACGUUGUAGCUGCUAAGUAUUAACACCUGGCUCGACGAAAGCGCCGAGUGUCUUUGUAAGAAAUAACGUUUCGUUCGCGACGCCGAUCGAGAUCUUAUGACGAGACGGACGAGCCGGAUAUACAUUUAUCGUUGAUUUUGCUCAGCUGCUGUUAGUGAUUUAUACGACUUGUUAAACGUUGCGUUGAUCAGUAUUAUCGAACGAGUCGGUGGGCGUAGUAGAACGAUAGCGCGCGCGAACAAUUCAGCCUUUCGAGAAGUCGAGGCUACAAUAUUCCUGUAUAGCUCGACUUCGUUGUACAACUUUGAUACGUUAGGUUGACACACGAGCUUUGUAAAACGUAUCCACGAAAGAAAAUCAAAAGAUGGUCAACACGGUUUGUAAGCAAUUUUCAUUCUUUUACUCAGCCAUAAAAGCAACUUCACGAAAUUUUUCAAUUCUUUCAGAAAGAAAUCAUACGAUCGUUGUUUUGUUCAAAAAUCAGAUUCUUUUAUCCGAAGACAAAAACAGCUUCACGAAACUAGAAGUUUAUUUAAAACCAAAGGAGGGGUUUUAAUAAGGCUGUCUUCCUGCCUGCACUAAAUCUUUUGAAAGGUAUGUUAAUCUCUGUUAGAUUGGCUCUUCAUAUAUUAGUAUCUUAAUUAAAUCUGUGGAAAAAAGAACAAGUUGGAGUUAAUGCGGAACAAUAUAGAAAUCCAGACAGCACAAUGUCUAAAAUCGGGACGUAAAACGUUUUAUGUCCCGAUUUUAGACAUUGUGCUGUUUGAGAAAGAUCAAAAUAAAUAUUUGAAAAGCAGAUUUUCUAUGAGCGAUAUAAAAUAUGCAUUUUAUAUUUUUAUAUAAUGCAAAUAUGUCCUGAUUGCUUUUUUUUUUUUUUCUUAAACAUACGGCAAAUUUAUUUUUAGAUUGAAGAAAAUCAUGAAUUCUUAGAUUUUCUGAUCGGAGUAACAUGUUAUGGGUGCAUUUUUAGCAUCCAAACCUCAUGUAGUUGAGAAAAGAUCAUUUUUUCGAAGUACUCGGAACUUAAACUAUCAGACCAACGUAAUUUCCAAAAAAAUUCGACAUAGGCAGAAAAAUAGCUAUGUUGACACUCCUUUGAUAUAAAAAAACAACAAAGGUUUUCUGUCAACCUGAUUUAAUUUCAAUGUAAUAGUUAUUAAUAGACUAACUAUAAGAAAUUGUCAAGCGCGAAUAAUUGAGGAGACUCUCGAUUACUUUGAACGCAGUUUUGAUUUCUGUUUGGAAUAUUCAGGCUGUCUCGUUUUUCUCGUCGUAAGAUUCGCAACUGGAACUAUUGUAGAAAGGACAAUUUCUUUAGCGUACAUGAUGAGAAUGGGCAACCCUAUUACCUCGAUUGUAGAAGAACUAAUUAGAACGGAAGGACACUGAGAGCGGUAUUAAUAGCCAGAUUUUAUAUUUAAGAUCGUUUUAAGUUUAUCUUCAGAUGCUGUACCGAAUUAUCUCUCAAAAAUGAAUUUAAGACGAUCUUAAAUAUAUCGGACUAUGAAUACCGGGCUAUGUCGCAUCUCGUUUUGAGAAGCGAAGGAGGGGAAGGGGAAAGUUCGAUCGAACACGGUAUCAGCAUUCCAGAACGCCGAAAUUGUACAUGAUAUUACGCGGAAUAUACGAAUCAUCAUUGUGAUUAACGUUGUUAUCGCGGUGACGCGGCGCACAUCCUUGUCACUAGCCAGUCGUUUCUUCUUUUUGGUACAAUAACGAUGCCAUUUCACGGAUUGACCGGCCGCGUCGGACAACGAAGAUCGCGUGGACAGCUUAGCCAUCGAUGGUAUGUAUAACGGAAGGGAAGAAGAAUUCAUAUUUAUUUCGAGCAAUCGUGCAGAAAUUCGUUUAUCCGGGCUGCGUGCGCGGCACGUGCGAUUUUUAUGUGUAUCUUUUUAUAUAGAUAUAUUUUUUCAUCGUUAGCGUUUACUAGCCCGCGCGCGAGGACAGCGGCGAUAGUGCGUCACGAACAGAGGAACGAUAAUCAAUCUCUCUCUAACGCGUGCGUCAAAAUCGCGACAGAAACACGAAGUAACGAAAAUUGUACAUACGAAAUAUUACGAAUAUAGUAUUAUGCGCGAA